AUGCCGCGCAUCUCCACUUGGAGGUGGCGUUGUUCUCGUCGGCCACCGCAGUUAUCUAACAUUGCGUCUCGACACCAACUUUCACUCAUGGCGGGCUCUGAAUUCCGGUCUUUGGAGCAAAAUGCCCUAUGGGAAUCACUAUACAAUCCAGCAGACUGGAGUACUAUCCCUGCGUCUGCAGAUCUGCCUGGAUAUUCUGUGUUUAAGAAGGAUAUAAGGAAGCCAGAAGUCGACGAUCGGGAUUAUCGAUAUAUAAAGCUCGAAAACGACCUUGAGGCUCUCUUGAUUCACGAUCCCAGCGCCGAUAAAAGCGCUGCAAGUCUGGAUGUUGAAGUUGGACACCUUCAUGAUCCUGAUGACUUACCUGGCCUAGCGCAUUUCUGCGAGCAUCUCUCGUUUAUGGGAACCGAGCAAUUCCCUAAGGAAAACGCCUAUUCAGAGUUUAUCACUAGUAAUGGCGGUAGCACCAAUGCGUACACUUCCGCUCAUAACACCAACUACUACUUAAUCGAAUCCUGCACAUCACGCGAGCUCAAUGCGGUUGACUCCGAAAACAAGAAGAACCGUCAAAAUGAUGUUUGGAGGAUUCAUCAACUCAACAAAUCCCUCUCCAAAAUAGGUCACCCCUGGGCGAAGUUCGGUACUGGUAAUAGAGAAACACUGACCGCCGCCUCACGCAAGAAGGCACACCCAGAGCUACUAGCACCGAAUGCCUCAGACUCUUUGGCAAAUUCCCAAGCACCAUCUCCCAGUCCCUCCGAAAUGGAAAGUAGUGAGACAGGAGACGGUGGUGCUGCGGGGCGAGAAACGAGGCGCCGGUUAGUCGAAUGGUGGGAGAGUCAAUAUUCAGCGGAACGAAUGAAAUUAGUGAUUCUUGGCACAGAGUCUCUCGACGAUCUCACAAACAUGACCGUGCGAGAAUUUUCGGCAGUAAAGAACCGGGGAUUGGGACGCACACCACUCAUGCUAGAAGAUCCCCGCGGUCCUGAGCACAAUGGAAUUAUUGUUUACGCAAAAACAGUCAUGGAUUUUCGUGCUUUGGAAAUCUCUUGGUCCUGCGAGUGGCAAGAUCCCCGGUACCUUACGAAGCCAGCGAUGAUCUUGGGUCAUCUGCUUGGUCACGAGGGUCCAGGAUCGAUACAUGCGUAUCUCAAGAAUAAGGGGUGGAUCUCCUAUCUAUCCGCCGGGAUACAUGGAGGUGGCCGAGGCUUUAGCUUUUUCAAGGUCACAAUGGUCCUGACAAAAGACGGCAUGGAUCAUCAUAAAGAGGUCCUGUUGACACUAUACCGAUAUCUUGAGUACUUGAAAGCGUCCUCGCUUCCGACGUAUAUUCACGAAGAGGACAAAUUGAUUGCAGAAAGCAGAUUCAGGUUUGCUGAGAAACGUUCCGCUGAUAAAUACGUAUCGUCCCUAUCUGAGAAACUCUCGGGCCCAUACCCGCGCCAUCUGGUGCUUUGCGCCGAACAGCUAGUGUGGGAAUGGGAUGAACCUGCUGUGCGGAGUCUUCUGAACGCGUUCACGGUCGAGCAAAGCCGUGUUAUGCUUAUGGCAAAAGAAGGACUGCCUGAAGGUGCCUGGGUCGAAGAGAAAUGGUAUGGAACCGAGUAUUGGACUGAGUCUAUCUCAGCUGCUCUAGCUGAAGAGGCCAAAGAUUUAAGCAAAUUUAACGGCAUAUACAUCCCCAAGCCUAACGAAUUUAUUCCCAAGAACUUUGAUGUAGAAAAGGCUGUCAUUGAAACACCGGCCAAGAAACCUGUGAAGCUACACACCACCGAACUUUCUACUGUUUGGCACAAGAAGGACGACCAGUUUUGGAUUCCUAAAGCGCGCAUCAUCGUGCGCCUCAUGAAUCCCAUAUGCAACGCGACUCCAAGACACAGCCUGCUCUCCAGGAUGUUCGUUGACCUGGUGAAGGACACGCUAACCGAGUUUACCUAUGAUGCCGAAUUAGCGGGGAUGAAAUAUUCAAUUGUGUGCGACGGGGCGUCCAUCAUGGUUGUUUCUGAGGGAUACAAUGAUAAACUCUCCGUUCUAAUGGAACACGUUCUAGAGAAGGUGAAGAGUAUUGUCAUAACCCAAGAUCGAGUUACCGUCAUUGCGGAGCAGCUUCAACAGGAAAUUGAGAACUUCUACCUCACUCAACCUUAUACUCUCUCAAAUUACUACGCAGACCAUUUCUUGCGUGAAACAAGCUGGACUCCCAAGCAGAAGCUCGCUGAGCUUGAUUAUGUAACUCCAAAUGAUAUUCAACACCAUGCUCGGGAAUUAUUGGCACGCACUCAUAUAACCACGUUGAUUCAUGGAAACAUUAAUUCCGAGGAAUCGCUGCGGAUCGGUGGCCGUAUCGAGAGUAUCUUGGGGUCUCGGCCUAUAACCGCGGCGGAAAAGUCACUCCCGAGAUCAUUAACUCUACCUUCUGGAUCCAAAUACGUCUGGGAAGACGUUGUCCCUAACAAGGACGAAUUGAACUCAAGCCUGACUUAUUAUGUUGAAAUUGGCGAUCUAAUGGACGCUCCCUUGAGAGCAACCCUGUUGCUCUUUGCGCAGAUGAUCCGAGAGCCGGCUUUUAAUCAACUUCGUACCAAAGAGCAACUAGGUUAUGUGGUCAGCUCCAGCGCUUGGUUCCUUCAUGGUUCGAUUGGAUGGCACAUUACAGUUCAAAGCGAGCGGAAGCCGGUUUAUCUCGAAAAUAGAGUCGAAGGAUUUUUAGAUUUAUUCCGAGAAACAUUAAAAACGAUGUCGGAAGCGGAGUUCGAGCGUCAAAGAGAUGCUUUCGCAAUGAAGAGACUCGAGCGCUUGAAGAAUAUGGGAGAAGAGGCAAGCAGGUUUUGGACACACAUCGAGUCGGGUUACGAAGAUUUUCUUAGGAGGGAAACUGAUGCAAAGAGCAUUCGAUUAAUCACAAAACAAGAUAUCGAAACCUUCUUUAAUAACUAUGUUCAUCAUAAUUCUUCUACACGGCGAAAACUUUCGAUUCAUCUUACCUCUCAAAAGAAAGCACCAGCAAAAUUCUCCGUUGCUGCGUCUGAAGCACUCCUAGAUGUCCUCAAGCAAGAAGGUGUCCCGGUUGAUGAAGAUCAAUACCGACAGUUGAGCGCUGCAGAGCCCCCUCUGGAUACAGUAGUCCAGUUCUGGACGAAGCAUCUCGAAAAUCACGCGUCUUCUUCCUCUAUCCUACCUCGUAUCCCAGAUAUUUCCGCUCAAUACCCUGCUACAAGUUUCACAGAGGAAUUAACUCUUCCAGAGAGUAUUGUGCGAAUUAACGAUAUCGCAAUGUUCAAAGCUCACCUGACUGUGUCCAAGGCGCCUACCCCUGUAAUCCCAUGA